CCCUCUUUCUGAGGAAUCAAGUUGCUCGAUCAUGAGAAGGCAUGUGCAUAGUGGGAAGCAGAACACCAUUAUAAAUGCACAUAUACCAUAUGGUUUCUAUGGACCAAGGAAUCAUCUUUGUCAUCCCAUCUCAUCCCCUGUAUUAAUUUCUCUUGCAUCUCUCCCACGCCCACGAGCUCAAACAGCAGCAUGACGUGCAAGAGCAGCGCCUGCGGCCACCACCGCGGCUGGCGCAAGUGGUGCAUGUGGUGGAAGGGGGACGACUGCGGCCACGACUGCGGGUGCGAGGAGAGCCACCGCUGGCGCAUUUUCUUCGCCUGGUUCCUGGCCUUGAACAUACUGAUCGUCUUGAUCAUCUUCGUCAUCUGGCUCGCCCUCCGACCCACCAAGCCCAAGUUCAACCUCCAGAACGCCACGAUCUUCUCCUUCAACGUCUCCUCCCCGGGCAACCUCGUCUCCACCACCCUCCAGGUAACCUUCUCCACCCGCAACCCCAACCGCAUCGGCAUCUACUACGACCAAGUCGACGUCUUCGCCUCCUACAAGUACGAGCAGAUCACCCCCGCCACCGCCGUCCCUCCAUUCUACCAGGGCCACAACGACGUCGACCUCUGGUCCCCGUUCCUCUGCGGCGUCACCGUCCCGGUGGCGCCCUACCUCGCCGAGGCUCUCGCCCAGGACCAGUCCUCCGGCCUCCUCCUCCUCCACGUCAAGAUCGACGGCCGGAUCCGGUGGAAGGUGGGCUCGUGGACCUCCGGCCGCCGCCACCUCUUCGUCACCUGCCCGGCUGUUCUUUCUUUCCAGUCCGGGAAGGGCGACAGCGACCAGCCGGCCAUCAAGUUCCAGCAGAUCUCCACCUGCACCGUGGACGUCUGAUAAUAUCUAUCUUCGACGCCGGCGAGCGGUCCCGGCCGGGCCCUUCUCUCAUUUCUGAAACAGUGGAAUUGCCGGGGUUAAAUGAUGAGAUCGAAGGGAGGGUAAGAUAAGAAAGUUACUUGUGAAUUAUGCAGUCAACCUUUGUAAAAGUAGUUCAUCAAGGUCUACGGCGUAGGUGGCGAUUAGGGAACACCCCAUAUGUGGGUCCCAGUUCUCUUUUGGACUUUUGCUGUGAUUUCCUGGAUGCAUUCUUAUUUCAAUAAGAAAGGGGGGAAACUACUUGCUUCCUUCAUUUUCCCUCAAAAAAAAAAAAAA